UAAUACCAAAAAACCCUACACACAAUAAUUUCUCCGCCAUCUUCAAGCUCCGAGUCAACUCUCUCUUUCUCUACUUUCUCUCUCUAGAUAUAUUCAGGUAUAUGUAAUUCUGAAGUAGAAAUUUAGGAGUUAUGGCGGCUGCGGCGACGGAGAGUUCAUCGGCUAGAUCUACAAGUGGAGGAUCAUCGGCUGAUUCGUAUAUUGGAAGUUUAAUUAGCUUGACUUCAAAGAGUGAGAUCCGUUAUGAAGGCAUUCUCUAUAACAUCAAUACUGAUGAGUCCAGUAUCGGUCUUCGCAACGUAAGAUCAUUUGGAACAGAGGGAAGAAAGAAGGAUGGUCCUCAAGUACCUCCGAGUGACAAAAUUUAUGAAUACAUACUUUUCCGUGGAAGUGAUAUCAAGGAUUUACAAGUCAAGUCUUCGCCACCUCUUCAAACUACACCACCAAUAAACAAUGACCCAGCUAUUAUCCAUUCACACUAUCCUCGACCACCUACAACAUCAGCAAGUUUACCUGCUCCUGUUGGGGGAUCUUUGACGGAUCUAAGUUCCCAUUCUGCACAGCCGGGACAUCCUGGCUCAGCAUUCCAAAGUGGCCUGCCUUUGUAUCAACCCGGAGGGAAUUUAGGAUCUUGGGGUCCAUCACCUCCUCCUCCAAAUGCGGGUGCUGGUGGACUUGGUAUGCCAAUGUAUUGGCAAGGUUUUUAUGGGGCACCCAAUGGACUACCACAAAUGCAGCAACAAUCUUUGCUUCGUCCUCCUCCUGGACUUGCCAUGCCUCCUUCCAUGCCGCAGAUGCAGUUUUCUGGUUUCAAUUCGUCUUUGCCAACUGGAGGAUCAAGCCUACAGGCGUCAAACUUGCCAGAAUACCCUCCUUCAUUGAUGCCUACAACUACUAAUCUAGGCGCUAGUUCUUUAUCUGCUGCUACUUUGCCUUCAACUGUGCCUCCCCUGCAACCUGUGGCACCUGUGCCUGAAACAAUAUCCAGCACACUUUCAAACAAGGCUUCUGUUUCUGCUAUUGCCCCAUCGACAUUAAGUGCUAGUUUACCGACUUUGCCUCCUUUGACAACCAGUCCUGAUGUAAAUCCUGUUGUACCGCCAAUAUCUAUUAAACCCAAUCCAGUACCUAGCCCAGCUUUGUCUCAAUCUGUAUCUACUGUCAUGGGGCCAUCCAGUUCUAAUCUAGUGGAUACACCCACACCUUCGCUGGUAACUCCGGGGCAGCUGCUGCAAUCUGGACCAAUUGAUGUUCCAUCAACUCAAUCUACUCAGACAGCUCAAAAAGAUGUUGAAGUGGUACAAGUAUUGCCUGCACCAUCUUCAGAAACUCCAGCUCCUGUUAAAACAGAAGCUCAGCCACCAAUAUUACCAUUACCACUUCAGACACGUGUACAGAAGACAAAUGGAGCUCCAUAUCAGGCACGUUACAACAACUACAGAGGGCGUGGCGGAAGAGGAAUGGGGGUUUCAAGACCAGUAACAAAAUUCGAAGAGGAUUUUGAUUUUAUGGCCAUGAAUGAGAAGUUCAAGAAAGACGAAGUGUGGGGUCAUCUUGGCAAAAGUAACAGAGAAGGAGAUGGAAAUGGCAGUGACGAAGAUAUCUCUUUCAAUGAAUAUGAUGAUGAUCUUCCUAAGAUUGAUGUCAAGCCUGUUUACAAUAAGGAUGAUUUCUUCGACUCUUUGUCAAGUAAUGCACUUGAUAAUGACCCAAAUCAUGGAAGGACCAGGUUCUCUGAGCAAAGGAAGAUUGACGUUGAGACGUUUGGAGAUUUCUCAAGAUACAGGGGUGGCCGUGGUGGUCGUGGUCCUGGACGUGGUGGACGUUCUCGAGGUUCGUAUUAUGGAAGAGGAGGAUAUGGAGGA